AUGUCCGACUCCAAGGCCUCCAACCCCAUGCGGGAGCUCCGCAUCCAGAAGCUCGUCCUCAACAUCUCCGUCGGCGAGUCUGGUGAUCGUCUCACUCGUGCCGCCAAGGUGCUCGAGCAGCUUUCCGGUCAAACUCCCGUCUACUCCAAGGCCCGCUACACUGUCCGUACUUUCGGUAUCCGAAGGAACGAAAAGAUCGCUGUCCACGUCACCGUCCGUGGCCCCAAGGCCGAGGAGAUCCUCGAGCGUGGUCUCAAGGUCAAGGAGUACGAGCUCCGCAAGCGCAACUUCUCCGAGUCUGGUAACUUCGGUUUCGGUAUCAGCGAGCACAUCGACUUGGGUAUCAAGUACGACCCCAGCAUUGGUAUCUACGGUAUGGACUUCUACGUCUGCAUGACCCGCCCCGGUGAGCGUGUCGCCAAGCGCAGGAGGUGCCAGAGCAAGAUCGGCGCUUCCCACAAGGUCAACCAACAGGAGACCAUCAAGUGGUACAAGAACCGAUUCGAGGGUAUCGUCCGAUAA